AUGACCCUCGCCUGCGUCUCCAUCAAAAUCGGCGUGAUCACGAAGACCAGUCGGACGAACCUAAGAUCGAGCACAGCUCCCGCCCUCGUGGCCUACAAGCCUAAGACGACCCGAGACGACGCCACUAUCUACCUGAAGCCAAGUCUGGGUGCCAAGCAAGUUGAGUGGGUCGCCUUGUCGUCUGCCAACUGGAGAGACUACGUCGCUAUAGCGAGGGGAAAUUAUCACAAGCGCAAAAAUGUAAGUGGAAUUCGACGCGUCACAACGGGCCGGAUCCAAGAGGCUGCAAGAGCAAUUGAUAGCUAUCUUCUCGAAAGAGGCGACGUCCGAGUGGGGCCGAUUGCCCGGACGUAUUGGGAGACAACCCACGCCAGACAGCCUGACGGAACUGAGCCGGCCCUGCCCAACAACGCUACGUUUAGGCAGAUGCAGCACCUCGACUCUAUGCGUUCGGAACCACCCCCGGCGCAAAGCGACCCUGAAUUCCGCACGAUCACUGUGCGCCUCAAUGGAUCGUCGGAUCUACAACUGGCCUUCAAUCUCCAGGAGCUCCGUGCUGCGCUCGAGCUUCCCAACCACAGUCUACUAGCCGAAGGCCUCUUCGCAUCAUUUCAACCACCUAAGGAACCCAGCGAGGACAUGAGCGACAUUGACCACAUGAGCGAGUAG